AUGUUGGCUCAUCAUCGCGCGGUCCUUAUUGCCAUCACCUUUUUCUUGGUCGUAUCAUGCUCGUUCUACCUUUUUGGGUCUGCGGACCAAUCGAGGCUGAUUUUUGAGAGACUGGAGACAAUCACUCACGAUGCCACAGGACCGUUACGACCUACAUCGAAUCUACGCAAUACUAUACUGUCACUCUUCGCACCAAUAAAACAUGAUCCGACAAACCCGGAAUAUGUCGACCCAUCUGGGCUGCGUUUCCAAUCUCGCAACCAAUCGAUAUGGAAGAAGCCUUUGGGCAAGAAGAUCCUAAUCGUAGACAUCGACACGCGGGUCCCGACUGGACAGAAUCAAAUCCUCAACCCUGCUCUGAUGGACUGGGAGAAUCUAGAGCUGGAGGGAGGAGGACUCGUAUCCAACGCCAUCAUGAACCAUUAUCUUUAUGCCAUGAUCCACGGAUACGACUACAAGUUCUACCAGGCGCAACACAUGAAGGAUCGUCAUGACACCUGGAUCAUGCCGCAUGUCUUCCGCGAAUUGCUGCCCGACUAUCAGUUUGUAGUUGCCAUGGACGCAGACGCCACAAUUCCACAUCUCGAAGUUCCCCUGGAGUGGAUGUUUAACCGAUGGGGCAUACACAAACAUACCUCUAUCGCCAUGCCCUGGGACACUGAGGAAUUCAUAGCAGAUGGCUCGUCCAUCAGCAGAGAUAGCAAGGGCCUCCGCGUUCUGAACACUGGAUUUGUCGUCGCGCAAAACUCAGAGACCACUCUGGAGAUGCUGGAAGCAUGGCGUGACUGCCCAAGCGAAGAGCGCUAUCCUGGCUGCAAGCAGUGGGCAUACAACUGGAGUCACGAACAGCGCGCUUUUUCGGAAUACAUUCGCUAUGACUUCAACAAGACCGCUGAGACCAUUGUCAGCAUACCCUGUGAUGAUGCAGUGGGCUGGCCUGGAUUCUUGGCAGAUACCUUGGAGGGCCACCCAUAUGGCAUAAGCGAGUGUAAUGGCAGAUUCGUGAGCCACUACACCAUCGGAAAAGACAAAGUAAAGGCUGCUAGCAGCAACAGCGUGAUGCAGGCGUUGACCGACGUUAUACAAAAAAGCCUGCUGACAUACCAAGAACAACUCUGGUACAAGGAGCCCAAGAAGGAGAAAGAGCCAAAUGCAGAUUUGUUCAAACACAAGGGCAAAACCGUCUCAGCGAUAGCGGAGGGCAUGGAGAUCACUUCACGGCAGUGA